GAAUCCUAGUCCGCCUUCUUUGACAAACUCUCAGCCGAAUGGCUCCAUAUUUCCUCCGAAAUCUCGUCCCCAAGCGGGAGGCUCGGGCAGAGGGUAGACCUUUGCUCGUUGCUUUGGGCACCAUCUCUCUUGUGCAGUGGGCACAGUUUUGGUCUGGCUGGCUUGCGUGGACCUGCGAUGCUAUUGACUUCUUCUCUGUAUCGCUCAGCGUGUCGAGGCUCGCGACGCAGUUUGACAAGGAUACUUCUGAUAUUACCACAGCAAUUACUCUUACCCUACUUUUCCGAUCUGUUGGUGCGGUCCUCUUCGGUGUUUUCUCUGAUCGUUUCGGACGCAAAUGGCCAUUGGUCUUCAACCUCCUACUAAUAUCCGUUUUCGAACUCGCCUCCGGCUUUGUCAAUACUUUUCGUCAAUUUCUCGCCGUUCGUUGCCUUUUCGGUGUCGCCAUGGGCGGGAUAUGGGGUCUCGCCGCCUCCACUUCCCUCGAGAAUCUCCCCGUUGAAGCCCGCGGUCUUGCGUCCGGCGUUCUUCAACAAGGAUACGCGGUCGGCUACCUUCUCGCGGCUGUGAUCAGCCUUACACUCGUGCCAGAGACGUCGACGACUUGGCGGAGUCUAUUCUGGUGCGCAAGCGGGAUCGGCGCGCUUUCAGCAGUGAUCAGCGCUUUAUUGCCUGAGAGUGAGGUAUUCUUGAGAGCAAGAGAGAUCGAGAGGAAGAAAGGUGCGACGACGGGGAAGAAGACAAAGGUGUUUUUACAUCAGAUGGGGGCGAUGUUGAAGAAACACUGGUUGCUUUGCAUUUACGCCAUUUUGCUCAUGACUGGGUUCAAUUUCUUGUCGCAUGGCUCCCAAGAUCUCUUCCCCACCUACAUGGAGAAAUCAAAGGGUUUCUCAGACCAUUCAGCCAUAGUCGCCACUAUCAUCGGCAACUGUGGCGCCAUUGCCGGUGGAGCUUUUGGAGGGUACUUGUCACAAUAUGUAGGCCGCCGACUCACCAUCAUCCUGUUCGUCCUCCUCGCCGGCGCCUUUAUCCCACUCUGGAUUCUCCCAAACUCUUUCUCCGCUCUCGCUGCCGGCGCGUUCUGCCUUCAGUUCGGUGUACAGGGAGCGUGGGGUGUCAUCCCUAUUCAGCUUGCUGAGAUGAGCCCCCCUGGGUUUAGGGCGACUUUUCCGGGUGUGGCAUAUCAGCUCGGAAACAUGGUCUCCUCUGCGUCGGCCCAGAUAGAAGCAAGAGGAGGAGAUAAUUUCAAGAAGACUAUCAUCCAAAACGGCGUACCAACAAUUGUUCCAGAUUAUGCUACCGUGCAGGGGAUCCUCGUCGGCGUUGUCGCUGCUUUCGUCGUCAUCAUUACCAUUAUAGGCCCCGAAAACCACGGUUCGCACUUCGAGCAACACAAGACUGCGUUUGAGGAGGGUGCUGCAGACAACAAUGGCGACCAGGAGGACGAUCCAGAAGCUAGGCACAUUGGGUCUACUGACGCGCAUGCAAGAGAGAAGGAAACUAGCUCCCAAGGGAGUGUCCGGUCGCACGACAUCGCCCAGCAGGUGUGAGUGUGGCCCACCUUCCUAUGAUCAUCAGCGAUGUGGCGACGACGACAAAAUUCACACGAUAUGGGAUGAGAUGAACAACUUGAAGAUCUGGAGGUAUGUACGCUGGCAUAUUGGUGUGCGAAGGUAGUCCAAAAUAUUGUAUUUGUCACGAUUUCCCGUGAGCAGCACUGUUGUAUUUCUCGUGUAUUGUUUGGAACGAGCUUU